CCUUGAACGUGUUCUGCAGCUUCAUAUCCUUUUUUCCUCAGACCCCAACAGGCUCGCAAUCGUACCCAGCCUUAGCGCGCCUCAAAUCGCGUUCAAAAAACCCCCGUCCGUUGUGACUUAUGCAAUCUAUCGAAAAUGCGCUGAAAGAGGCGCGGGCCGUCGCCAAUGCCCAGAUACACCGCACACACUUCGUGCCCACCGAACACGACGCACGGGUCAUUCGGGAAAAGGCACAAGCACUCCGCGAUCUGCAGAAGAAUAUCGACAAGGAGAUCGAAAAGCUUCUGACCCAAAAACGCGUUAUACUCGCGCAGUUGCCAGCGCACGAUGCCCUCUUAUCUGUCUGGCGACGUCUGCCACCCGAAAUCCUCUCGGAGAUCUUUACCUUGGCCUUACCAGACGAUUGGGACGACGAGCCCGCGGGGCGGCGUGUUCUCAACUUUGCCUGCGUGUGCGCGAUGUGGCGGUCCGUCGCCCUAAAUACGCCAUCGCUAUGGACGUCCCUGUGGUUCGGCGCGGAAGGGAACCCACUCGCGGGAUGCGAGGACAGGCUGGCCGUGGAGCUUGCUCGCACGGGCCAAGCGCCACUGAAACUCACAGUGGACAUGGAACUCGAUGCGUCGGUAGGCGGUGCUGAGCGUAUUGCCAAAGUCGCGCGGAACUGGAGCGACCGGGCGUGGACCACCCUGUGCGCUCAGGCCCACCGAUGGGAAGAGGUAGCGCUCAUCUGCCAGCCUCUGCAUGCCUACGCUGCCCUAGCUCACCAUGAACUCCCCGUGCUUCGGCGCCUGUUCAUCUCUAUGGACGCAGGUGCCUCUCACGUCAAUUUUCCUGUCGACGUCUUCGCGCGCGCCGAGAAUCUCACCAGCUUCACCGUCCAGUACCUUGCGCCGCCGCGCAGGGUGAUACUACCAAGGUCCUGGGCAUUGACCGAACUGUCUAUCGUGUGUGGUGACCCCUUGGUCGGCAUAUACGAUCCUCCCCUCGCCCCCUUCCUAGACGCCAUAGCCGCAUGCAGUAGCACACUGCGCUACUUCGAGCUAUUCGCCGAGGACCUCGGUUCUGUUCCCGAUGGACCUCCAAUCGUAUUCCCAGUCCUUGAACGGCUCCUCCUACAAAGGAACGCCAUCUCCUUCUGUCGAAACAUGAGCACUCCUUGUCUGGGAGACGCCGUACUGGAUGGAUUAGAUCUGGCCGUACUGGACAGCUUCAUGAUCUUACUUCGCCAGUCAUCGGAGUGCAAAUCGCUACACCGCCUUGCGUUGAAGGAGGUCGAAGAUAUGAAGCCUUCAGCAUUUGUUGCGUGUAUGCAAGCAAUCCCGCAUUUGACAGAGCUCGAACUCUAUCACCUCGAGGGCUCGGUGAUAGACGAAACUUCGCCUCUGUCGGUUGCGAUGCUGGCGACGCUCUCGCGAGAUAGCGGUGUAGAAGGCGCUCUCACUCUCCUCCCUAAUCUAGAGAGGCUACGCCUUGACUUCAACCGCGGGCUCAUAGGCGACGAGGACGAGCACGAGGACGCGGACGAGCUCCGGAAAGCAGUGUACAGUAUCCCAAUGUCGAGGAAGCAUCAGCGAACCGUCGACGGUCAAGUCCUCGCCUCUCUAGAAGGAUUCACUAUUGGGAUCAAUCCAAUGGGACUGCAUUAUCCGUGAUGGGGCUAGAGCUGGGCGGAGGAUUCGGGAAUUGGGGCUGCGAUUCACGGGACGUACUACGGAUAGCUUACACGGCAACCCUCAGUAAUCGGAGGCGCACAGAAAAGGGUCAGAACCUCAACGCAUGGUCUAGUCUAUCAAGAUUCGAAGUGGGGGAUGCCGCGAAAGCUCGCGUUUCCUUGAGUGAAGUCGGAGGCAAGCAUGACGCGUCCUUGGAGAAGUGCGAGAUUCUGAGGCUCGUGUGAGC